AUGAGGGAAGAUGUGCAGGAGUAUGUUGAGGCCUACGAGACAUGUGCGCAAGCCAGGAUCCCCACUCAGUUACUUGAGGAAAAAGCUGUGAAGUUCCUGAAAGAUGAGCUGAACAAGUUCAAGAGGAAUCUGAGUCAGGAUUACCCAGCAUGCUUUGAGCCUCAGGAUGACAAUGACCUGGACAGUGAAGCUGAGAUCCAGAAGAUGUGUGGCAGAGAGGGGGCUCUGAAGAUCACACUGUACAUUCUGAGGACCAUGAACCAGAAGGACCUCGCAGCCACACUGGAGAAGGAUGAUCUUCUCAUGAAAAAUCAACACAAAUACAGAUGUAACCUGAAGAAGAAAUUUGAGUGUGUGUUUGAAGGGAAAGCAAAGCAAGGCAAUCCAGUCCUGCUCAGUAAGAUUUACACAGAGCUCUACAUCACUAAAGGUGGAACUGGAGGGAUCAAUGACGAACAUGAAGUGAGACUUAUUGAAACAGCCACCAAGAGUCCAGCAAUACAAGACACUGCGAUUCAAUGCAGUGACAUUUUUAAACCCUUACCUGGAGAAAUGACAUCUAUCAGGACUGUGCUGACAAAGGGGGUUGCAGGCAUUGGAAAAACUGUGUCUGUGCACAAAUUUAUUCUUGACUGGGCAGAAGGAAAAGCAAAUAAAGAUAUUCAUUUCAUAUUUGCUUUUCCUUUCCGGGACCUAAACCUGAUGAAGGGUAAAGAUUACAGUCUGAUGGACCUUAUUCACCACUUUGUCCCAGAGCUGAAAGAGUUUGGAUCAUCUGAGCUGGAAAGGUGUAAAAUCUUGUUCAUCUUCGAUGGUCUGGAUGAGAGUCGACUUCCUCUAGAUUUCCAGAACAAUCAGAGCUGGUUUGACGUAACAAAGACAACAUCUUUGGAUGUGUUGUUGACCAACCCAAUUAAGGGGAAUCUGCUUCCCUCUGCUCUCAUCUGGAUAACCUCCAGACCAGCAGCAGCAGGUCAGGUCCCUCCUGAGUGUGUCCACCAGGUGACAGAGAUACGAGGGUUCAAUGACCCUCAGAAGGAGGAGUACUUCAGGAAGAGGUUCAGUGAUCAGGACCUGGCCAACAGGAUCAUCACACAUGUGAAGUCAACAAGGAGUCUCUACAUCAUGUGUCAUAUUCCUGUCUUCUGUUGGAUUUCAGCCACUGUUCUUGAGAAGCUGUUUGAUAAUGACGACAGUGAAGAAAUUCCCAAGACUCUGACUCAGAUGUACACACACUUCCUUAUCUUUCAGUCAAGUUUAAAGAAGGAGAAGUAUCAGAAGAACCAAGAAAAUGAGCUUUAUACAAUUUUAAAUUCAGACAGAGAAUUCCUUCUUAAACUGGGGGAACUGGCUUUUAGGAACCUUGAGACAGGAAAUCUCAUAUUUUAUGAUGAAGAUCUGAACAAGUAUGGCAUUGAUGUCAGUGAAGCUUCAGUGUACUCUGGAGUGUGUACGGAAAUCUUCAAAGAGGAGUGCGGGUUAUACCAGAGGAAGGUUUACUGCUUUGUGCAUCUGAGUGUUCAGGAGUAUCUUGCUGCUUUAUAUACAUUAUUACACAAGGAAUACAGUUUUAUUACUUGUGUACCCCUUCUCAAGGGAAAUUGGUCCCACUUUCUCAAUGGUGCAGUUGAUCAGGCCUUACAGAGCAAGAAUGGACACUUGGACCUCUACCUCCGCUUCCUUCUUGGCCUUUCAGUGGCUUCCAAUCAGAAUCUCUUACAAAGGCUACUGACAGAGAGAAGGAGCAGAUCAUUUGACAUUGAAAAAUCAGUCCAGUACAUCAAGGAGAAGAUCAGGGAGAAUCUGUCUCCAGCGAGAACCAUCAAUCUGUUCCACUGUCUUAAUGAACUCAAUGACAAUUCUUUAGUGGAGGAAGUCCAAGGUUACCUGAGCUCAGGAAAUCUUUCAGCCAAAGACCUCUCACCUUCACAAUGUUCAGCUCUGACCUUUGUGUUACUGAUGUCAGACAAGGAGCUGGACAUGUUUGACCUGAAGAAAUACAUCAGAUCAGAGGAAGGUCUUCUGAGGCUGCUGCCAGCAGUAAAGGUCUCCAAAACAGCUCUAUAAGUACUCUGGCUGAACCAGUGCGGACUGACAGAGAGAUGCUGUGAAGCUCUGGCCUCAGUUCUCACCUCAAACUUCUGUUCACACCUGAGAGAGUUAGACCUGAGUGACAAUGACCUGCAGGAUUCAGGAGUGAAGAUACUCUCUGCUGGACUGGGGAACAAACACUGUAAACUGGAGAUACUGAGACUAUCAGUGUGUCGAGUCACAGAGAGAGGCUGUGAUUCUCUCACUUCAGCUCUGCAUUCAAAUCCCUGUUCACACCUGAGAGAACUGGAUCUGAGCUACAAUCACCCAGGAGACUCAGGAGUGAAGCUGCUUUCUGAUCUACUAGAGGAUCCACACUGUAAACUGGAGACACUGCAGCUGAACCAGUGUGGACUGACAGAGAGAUGCUGUGAAGCUCUGGCCUCAGUUCUCACCUCAAACUCCUGUUCACACCUGAGAGAGUUAGACCUGAGUGACAAUGACCUGCAGGAUUCAGGAGUGAAGAAACUCUCUGCUGGACUGGGGAACAAACACUGUAAACUGGAGAUACUGAGAUUGAACCAGUGCAGACUGACAGAGAGAUGCUGUAAAGCUCUGGUCUCAGUUCUCACCUCAAACUCCUAUUCACACCUGAGAGACAAUGACCUGCAGGAUUCAGGAGUGAAGAAACUCUCUGCUGGACUGGAGAACAAACAGUGUAAACUGGAGAUACUGAGAUUGUCUGGCUGUUGUGUUACAGAGAAAGGCUGUGCUUCUCUGGCUUCAGCUCUGUGUUCAAACCCCUGCUCACACCUGAGAGAACUGGAUCUGAGCUACAAUCACCCAGGAGUGAAGCUGCUCUCUGAUCUGCUGGAGGAUCCACACUGUAAACUGGAGAUACUGCAUGUGGACCAUGGUGGACAGUGCAGGAACCGACCAGGACCAAGAAAAUACUCUUGCCAACUCACACUGGACCCCAACAUAGCAAACACACACCUGUAUCUGUCUGAGGACAACAGGAAAGUGACAUGGAGUGAAAAAGAGCAGAAACAUCCUGAUCAUCCAGACAGAUUUGACUGGUGGUACCAAGUUGUGUGUGUAGAGAGUGUGUCUGGUCGCUGUUACUGGGAAGUUCAGUGGACUGGAAAUAGGGCUGAAGUAGGAGUGACUUAUAAAGGAAUCGGGAGGAAAGGAAACAGUGUUGUCUGUCAGCUUGGAUACAAUAACAAGUCCUGGGCUGUGUUCUGUACUGAUAAGUUUUACUUUGUGAGACACAAUAAGAAACACACUGCCAUAGCUGUACCCCCGUCCCACAGAGUAGGACUGUAUGUGGACUGUGUCUCCGGCACUCUGUCCUUCUACAGCAUCUCCUCUGGUGAACUGACCCUCCUCUAGAGGUCCACCGCCACAUUCACUGAGUCCCUCUAUCCUGCAUUUUGGAUUGGCAGGAGAUCUUCAUUGUCGCUGUGUGCUCUGGAAUAG